UUACAGGUAAUUCACGCCCCCUUUCUUCAAACUCGUUUAGAGUAUUCGAUAUCUUCUCGUAAGUAACGAAAAUAAGUUGCGAAAAUGCGAGAUAUGGUUAAUUCAGAAGAAUGAAGUAGAAUUAUUUUUUUAAACAACGGAAUAUAUUACAAUACGGAGAGAAUGGGCACCAAAACACCUCCUCACAUUAGAUAAUUGAGUAUAUAGUGUAUCUAUAGAUUCAUAGGCAGUUAGGCAGUAGGCUUAAUGGUGGAUAUCUGGAGGAAUGAGGCAUAAAGAUGGAGGAAGCAGAACUGAGUUGAUGUAUAAGAAACGUAGAACAACAUAGAUUCUUAGUUUAGAUGGAUAUGUACUAGGUUGAGGGAAAGGCGUAGACAGCCACUUGUGAAGAGGACAGUGCUAGCUGAGCUCAUACUAAGGGACACAGUAGCAGUGUGACAAGUGAAACUGAGCGAUGGACUGUGGGGAGAGUGUCCUCUGUGCGGCAGGCGAGGUGGAUCUGGAUCCUGACAACGUGAGUGAGGAAGCAGGGAAGCUCUACUCCGAGCUGCAGACGGUGAUCGAGACCCACGGGCCCGACGUGGUGGAGUCGCUGGUGCCCGUCAUGGUGUGGGUGCUGGAGGGGCUGGCCAGCUGCCGCGCCCGGCUGAGGGAGAUGGAGGAGGAGGCGGAGAGGGAGAAGGGGGAGAGAGAGGAGCUGCUGCAGAGGUUUCAGAGCGAGCGAGCUCUGAAGAGGGAGAGCCAGGAGCGGUACUUGGAGCUGGACGACCAGUUUGAGCAGGAGCGGCGGGCAAUGCGGGGGAGGGAGAAGGAGAGAGAGCGGAGGGAGAGAGAGCUGGAGAAGAAGGCCAGAGAGCAGGCAGACCAGUUGCUGGCUUUGGAGGAGCAGCGGACAAGUCUGGCUCGAGAACUGAACACGCUCAAAAACACGCACCACAAGCUGCUGCUCAGUUACCGCGAUGUUGUUGAGAAGAGAAAAGACUCUGAGAGAGAGCGGUCCCUCUCCCCUUUAAGGAACCAUGUGUGUUUAAAGAGUCCUGAUAUCCCACCAGACCAGGGUGUCCAACAAGCUCCCCCUGCUGUGCGGGCCGAGCCAAUAGUGGAGAGGAGCACUGAUCCCGCCCCUUUGGAAACCCCAGUUGCCGCGGGUGAUAAAGCAAGUGACGAGAUGGUGGACUCUGAAGAAGAUGGGACGGAUCCGUCUUUUAUCGAUUCCAUCAUCAGCACCACUCCUGAGCUAGCACAGCUGGGCCAGUUUGGUCUGGCCAGCACCCCCAAAACCUCACCACAGAACACUAGCCAACCCCUCACAGCCGAGCACGAGCCCAACGUGGAGCAGGAGGUGAGCGAGGCGGCCAAGGAGGGGCAGCUCAAGGAGCAGGAGCAGCUGCAAGAGCAGCACGAGCAGGAGCUGGGGGAAGAGGAGGACCAGGACAGCCUGGAGUGGGAGCUGAGGAACACAGACUCUGUUUUCUCCGAGCUGUCGGAGCUGAGUCGGGACUUUGUGGAGAGUGUGGACAGAGGGGCCAGUGUGAGAGGUAGUACUGACCAGUUUGAAGAGAUUCUUUCUCAGCAUGAGGAACUGAAACACACCCAUGAACUGGUAGAGGCAGCCAGAAAGGCGCUGAUCUCACGCGUAGAAGAACUGACCAAUGAGAGGUCUGCCCUCAGCCUGAAGGUAGAGUCUUGCCAGGAAACCAUCACUCGACUGGAAGGGAGGACGAGGGAGAUGGAGGAGGAGACAAAGCGGCUGAGGAAAGAGCUAGAGGAGUGUCAGAGUGAAGAUGAGUCCUCCCUGCCCCUCUCCCUGCGGCGCUUCUCUCGCUCCGAGAUGGCGCGGGUGGUGAUGGAGAAGAACCAGUACAAGGAGCGCCUGAUCGAGCUGCAGGAGGCCGUGCGCCGGUCCCAGAUCAUCAGAGCCACCAAGGAGGAGAGGAACGCAGAAGACCGGAGGAGCGGAGUGUGGAGGAGGUUUAACCGUUUGUUUGGCCUGACCAAGGACCCAUUCAGCCCACGCCCAGAAGGAGCAAACGCUUUGCCUCCAUCCUCACCACAGUCUCUCCUGUCGUCAAGGUCUCCACGGCAACUGGCCGCCCAUCAGACGCCGACAGAAGACUCUCCUCCCGCCGUGCUCUCUCCGCGGGCGAGGAGGAAGGAGCUGUACAGAGACAUCCGUUCCCACGUGUGGAGCACUCUGGGAAAGCGGCAGCUGCAUGGCUGGAGUAUGCCUCUCCCCCACGCAACACAGGAUCACACUGAUCCCCCACCCGAACCCAAAGACGUCCCAGUCCUCGUCCAGCUCAGACUGCUGGACCAGAAGGAUGCCACUGCCAAGCUGACCUCCGCUACUGCAGUCACGCCUGAAAUAUCGGGUGAGCAGACGUGUUCAGUCUGGGUGGUGUCUGGUCCCGCCUCCAGUAGUGAUGUCACAGUGAUUGACCCGGCACGCUCCAACACUGUCCUGGAUCAGUUCAGCCUCCCACCCACCUCACCAGCGCUCUGUCUCUGUGCUGUGCCCCCUACUGGGGACCAGGCAGGGACAGUGUGGAUCGGUACUCAGGAUGGAAGCAUUUUAGUCCACUCUGCCUCCACAGCCAGGAGGCGCUGUUUGCAGUCCGUUUCUCUCUCUGAGGGAGUGCACUCUCUCACGUACACUCAGGGUCAGGUGAUUGCUGGUUUAGCCAAUGGAACUCUGGCAUUUUUCAAAGAAAAUCCAGGCGGCUGGGACCUCCUCCACCGAGAGCUGCUGUCCCUGGGCUCCCCUCCCUUGCAGCCCAUUCGCUGUUGCCUAUCAAAGGGGGCGGCGCUGUGGGUGGGCUACUGGAACAGGGUUCACGUGAUUGACGUCCAGAGUCGGAAAGUGCAGCACUCGUUUUCUGUAUCUGAGCGCAGUGAGCAGCAAGUGCGCUUCCUGUGCGCUGCAGGAAGUGGGGUUUGGACUUCCUGCCGACUGGACCCCUGCCUCCGACUCUUCGACUGGGCUACUGGCCGGCCUCUACAGGAAGUAGAUUUGACACCAAUGGUCACAAAUUGCCUAGGCCCUGCCUUCCUGUCCCUUUCUCCCCUACAGAUAUCCUGCCUCGCCCUCAUCUGUGGGCGGCUGUGGGUGGGGACAGGAAGUGGCGCUAUAUUCUCCAUUCCUGUGCGGAUUGGCUCAGAAUCCUCUAUCCCAUACUGUUCUCUGCCUGGGGCCCAGCUGUGUUACCAUGGACACCGUCAGGCUGUCAAAUUUAUAAUUUCAGCUCCAGGCUGUUUGAACCCUGCUACAGCUUCUGGGACUGCCGUUUCUACCUCUCAGCUAAUCCUCAGCGGAGGAGAGGGGUACAUCAAUUUCCGCAUUGGUGAUGACGGGAGUGGCAGCGCCCCCGAGGCCCUGCCUCAGCGCUCUGAACGCAGUCACAUGAUCAUCUGGCAGAGCUCCACCCCGUCUCUACCCAGCCCCGCCCUCUGAUUCAUUUUGGGUUAUGAUGCGUUUGUUUUCCCUCGUUUCUGGGCCAGUCUCGGUCCUCCGCCCGGUGUGCCUGCAGUGAGGUUUGCCUUGUGCUGUACUUGGCUCGUCUCUGCCUUAAUCCUUCACUUUUGACAAACUUCAUCAUGGUCACAUGAUCAGCUGUGAAACUGGCUUCUGUGACCACCCAGCCUUUUUCCUCUGUCCCCUCAUUCACGUUGCUAUGAGGAGACCGUUGUGAGCACGUGACCAGUUUCGCGUCGUAAUUCCGUGCCGGUGGCAUUAUCGCAUCUUUCUUCAGCAGCGCUCGAACAAAGGAGGUUACGCAUACAUCUUCACACCGGAGUGAUCGGCAGGAUCGGUUUUACUAACUUUUACUGUGAAUCGACACCAAAAUGUCAUUCUGAUCCCGCCUUUCUCCGACACACCAGACAAUGAUGCACAGCACUUUAUCAUCAUCAUCAUCAUCUCUCUAGCGUGGUGACGAGUCCUGACACUUUGUGUGCAUGUGCGUGUCCCUCCCCCUUCCCGUGUCAGUGUUUAUACCCUGGAAGGUUCUGGAAGGUCCAGAAAGACCAGUUUACUAUGCAAAGGCUUUGUAUCCUGUAUGUCAUUUUCUCUGUCUGCAUUCACUGUAUAACACUGUGUAGUUUUUAUUAUUUUUAUUUUUGUUUUAUUUUGCAUUUUAAGUUUAAUUUGUAGAGGAGGGGGGAGAGGAAAAACGAGUACCUUUUUUUGCAGUAUUUGAAAAUGUGAUGUGUGUGCCUGCAUGUCUAGCUGGGGCAGGGGGCAGGGGGGCAUGUGUGUGCCUGUGUUAAUGUUCUAAAUUGUUACUGAUCUGUCUUUGGGGGACAAUUUCCCCUUGCUUGCCUUAAAUCGGUGGUCUCCAACCCUGGUCCUGGAGAGCUACAGGGUCUGCUGGUGGGUUGGAGACCACUGCUUUAAAUAUUAGACCCUGACUUAUGAAACUGGAAUUAACUUUUGUAAAUACAAUAUUUUCAUUAAAAAUGACAACAUUGUAUAUUUUUAAUUCUGUGGAGCUGCCUAAAUAUUUAAUUGACAUUUCUGUAAAUCAACAUGAAUAGAGCUAUACAAAACCUAAGCCAUGUUGACUUUCAAUUAUUUAUUUAUACAAAUAAAACACCCAAAGUUUGAAAUACA